UGGAAUCAUAGUCGACUUCUCUCUCCUCACAAUGGCAUCGCCCUCUCUCUCUACUUCGAACGCUCUCUACCAUCCUUCACGGGCCGUUACCGCCCCUGCAAUCGCCAUUCCUCUCUUCUCAAGCUUCCAUGCUCCUCCGGAAAUUUCCUUCUCUCCGCUUCAUCAUCGCCGUUCAUCUCUCUUGCUCUCUUCUAAUCCCUGUGCUAAAUCCGCCGUUUGUCCAGCAGCAGUACGCCCGCCUCCGGACUCCGAUCCGCCUCCUGACGAGGAUCCGAUUCGUCUAAAAGGUUUUACAGCAAUUUUCUCAAAAUUUGGAGACAGAGUACAGAUUUUCUUUGCUGUGUUAUUCUGGAUGUCCCUCUUCUUCUGGACUUCUGCAUUGGAUGGAAAAAAUAGACCUAAUAAGGGCUCUCGAUUUAGACGAUAGUUUCGUAAAAAAAGCAUUCUUUUGUAAAGGAUUGCAGGUUAAUAUAAAUAGUGUUAAGCUGCUUGAUUUUAACUAUGUUCAAGAUAUAUAGAAGCCUUAGACGAGGUAGAUAAAGCUUGCUCAAUUAGAUGUUGAUACCAAAAGUAAACUGUAUUGGAAAGUCCUAUUCUGUAUCAUAUUCUUAUCAAGUGUCUUAAAAAUUUCCUGAAUCCUA